AUUAUGUUAUGGUACAACUUAAGAACUUGAAGUUGUACCAUCCCAUAAAGGUACAUAAAGGUACAAGUUCAAGUUGUACCAUAAAAGAAUUUGUACAAAAAGUAUAGGUACAAUCUGAAGUUGUACCAUAACGUAAAUGUACAAUUCUAAGUUGUACCAUAAAGACAAAACCCUAUAGCACCAAUACUAUAUAGCAUUGUAAAAUUUCUCGGGGAAAUUAAGUUCUCUCUCCUAGUAAAUUUCGUAUAAAGUCAUCCCAACUAUGUACAACAACAAAUUUGCACCUAAUUUUGAGCAACAAUUCUAAUAUGGUCCAAGCCACUCAUUGCACCAUAUGAUUUCAAUUCAACACUUAAAUUGAGAACAUGCUUCAUGUGAACAUACUCAGGGUACAAUCGAAGAGAGGAUGAUGUUAAUAUACACUCUCAUCUUUUCGAAUAAAACUUCUGCUGCUUUUAUGAAGAACGCUUCUUGCAAAGUUUUGCAUGUAUGACAUAGGCUAAUUUACAGAGCAAUCUUCGCUACUAAUUUCGAUGUACGACUAUGACUACGAGAGAGAAAAAAAAUCAAUUUGAUAAUGUGUUAUAUGGGUUGAAACAUGACCUCAUACAUUAAAAUCUUAAUGGAUUGGACAACGAGUCAUCUUCAAUAAAAAGAGUUCAAAUUACAUGUGAGUAUUUCAACUUGACAUGGUACAUGUCACGCACGAUUAUUACUCGCCUUUCCCAAUAAAUACAAUUAUUUAAUCAUUCAUAAGAAAGUAAAAAUGCAUCAUCAAACAUUGUUUCAAACAUACAUUAUCCAUCAACAAGAACUAAAACAAACCAACUUUUGGUCCUACUAGCCGGUGCAUCCCAAGUUAUGUGCAAACUAUGUUCAUUAAUCGUUGACCAUUAAAAUUGAUCACCAUGCAAAAACUAAAAGGGUACAAAGAGAAAAACACUCUAAAACAAACAAAUGGUCAAAAUGGACACAAUUAUUGUGCACUAAAGAGAAGAAAAAGGGAUCCAUAAUCCAUUUCUCCCUCUCGAAGAGCUCUUUUCCCUCUCCUUCACACAAACAAAAACACAAACCAAAGACCAAAAAAAGAAACAAACGAAGAACCCAAAAAAAAUGAAACCCAUUUCAAACCAAUACAAUCAAUUUCUCUUCCUCUCUCCCCUUUUCCCCUCUCUCUCCACCAAAAUGACGACGAAACCAUCACCAUCGACCUAAGGCGACGUGAAAACCAAAACAAAACCGUCGCUAAAAAAAUCGUCACUAAAACAUGAGCAAAGAACAGAGCGGAGUGAUCAAGGCAUGGGAAGCCACGAUUCGGAAGACCCAGGCGGCCAAGAAGCGGGCCAACAGCAUCUUCGGCAUCUCCCUGGCCCACAUCCCCGACGACGACCACGCCGCCUCCUCCUCCGCCGCCAGCAACGGCGACGAGGGCAGCAGUAGCAGCGGCGGCGACGAGGGGCCCGGCAGCACGAAUGGCGGCGGAGGAGGAACGGAGUGUUACUACGCGGAGAAGGUGUUGCCCAACGGUGACUACUACUCCGGCCAGUGGUACGACAAUUUCCCCAACGGCCGGGGGAAGUACUUGUGGACCGACGGGUGCAUGUACUUCGGCGAGUGGUAUAAAGGGAAGACGAUGGGCCGCGGCCGGUUCAGCUGGCCGUCGGGGGCGACGUAUGAAGGGGAGUUCAAGAGCGGGUAUAUGGACGGCACCGGGACGUAUUCGGCGGCGAAUGGGGAUAUUUAUCGUGGGCAAUGGGUCAUGAAUCUCAAGCAUGGGCAUGGGAUCAAGCAUUUUGCUAAUGGAGAUUGGUACGAAGGGGAUUGGCGGCGAGGGUUGCAAGAAGGGCAAGGCAAGUACCAAUGGAAGCCCACCAGCAACUACUACGUCGGCGAGUGGAAGAACGGCAACAUCUGCGGCAAAGGCACGUUCAUGUGGGAGAACGGCAACCGCUACGACGGCCAGUGGGAGGACGGCGUCCCAAAGGGCAACGGCACGUUCACUUUUCCGGACGGCAGCUUCUACGUCGGCAACUGGAGCAAAGACCCCACCGAGCAGAACGGGAGCUACUACCCGUCGGCGUCACCCUCCGCGGCGGCGGCCCACUCCGGCAGCCAGCUGGAGUGGGACCCGCAGGACGUGUACAACGUAUACCUGGCCGACGCCCAGGUCUGUCCCUGCGAGAAGGUCGCCGUCCUGCCGUCGCAGAAGAAGCUGGCGGUGUGGAACUCGUCCAAGCACAGCGAGAAGGCCCGCCGGCUGUCCGUCGACGGCAGGGUUAGCGUCGGCGUCGAGAGGGCGUUCGAGAGGAUGAACAUGUGGGACGGCGACGACCAGGGUGCGUCCUCUGCCGCCGCCGCGGCAGCCGCCCUGGGGUCCGCCGACGGCAGCGGCAGCGGAGCGAGGAGGGAUAUGGAGGCGGAGCUGCUGGGCAUGAUGGAGAUGGAGGAAAGCAAUUUCGCUGCCAGUCUGAAUAAGAUGCUGCCCAUGAGAGUACCCAAAGCUGCUAAGCAGCAGGGUGACGCCAUUUGUAAAGGGCACAAGAACUAUGAGCUCAUGCUCAAUCUACAGCUGGGAAUCAGGCACUCAGUGGGGAGACCAGGUCCAGCAGCAUCCCUUGAUCUGAAGGCAUCAGCUUUCGACCCAAAGGAGAAAGUGUGGACGAGGUUUCCUCCAGAAGGAAGCAAGCACACCCCUCCACACAAUUGUUCAGAGUUCAAAUGGAAAGACUACUGCCCCUUGGUUUUCAGGUCACUAAGGAAGCUGUUCAAGGUUGAUGCAGCGGACUACAUGUUAUCGAUUUGUGGCGAUAACGCGCUGCGCGAGCUCUCGUCGCCAGGGAAGAGUGGCAGCUUCUUCUACCUGACGCACGAUGAUCGCUACAUGAUCAAGACAAUGAAGAAAGCAGAAGUCAAAGUGCUUAUAAGGAUGCUUGCUGCCUAUUACAACCAUGUCAGGGCCUUUGACAACACCUUGGUCAUUAGGUUUUAUGGCCUUCACUGUGUCAAAUUAACUGGGCCUGCACAGAGGAAGGUGAGGUUCAUAAUCAUGGGGAACCUAUUUGUUUCGGAGUAUGCAAUCCACAGACGGUUCGACCUAAAGGGUUCUUCGUUGGGUCGAAUCACAGACAAGCCAGAGUCUGAGAUUGACUCCAACACCAUCCUAAAAGACCUGGACCUCAACUUCAUUUUCAAGCUACAGAAAGCAUGGUUCCAGGAGUUUUGCAGGCAAGUAGAUAGAGACUGCGAGCUUCUUGAGCAGGAGAGGAUUAUGGAUUACAGUCUACUAGUUGGUAUUCACUUUAGAGACGUAGCAUCUAAUCGAGAAAUAAUUCCAACUAAGAGUGAACCCCCUACUCCUGCUGAGGUUGAAAGAGAAGAAGGCCCUCGACUUUCUAAAGCAGACAUGGAUCAACUUCUACUAGACCCAACCAAAUGGGCACGAAUCAGGCUGGGAAUGAACAUGCCAGCAAGAGUGGAAAGAACAGUGAGAAGAAACGAUUGUGAGCUUCAACUGGUUGGAGAGCCAACCGGGGAGUUCUACGACGUCAUAAUGACGUUCGGAAUCAUCGACAUACUUCAAGACUACGACAUUAGCAAAAAGCUGGAGCAUGCAUACAAGUCUAUCCAGUACGACCCUACUUCGAUCUCAGCUGUGGAUCCUAAGCAGUACUCCAGGAGAUUCAGAGACUUCAUUUUCAGAAUUUUUGCUGAAGAUUCUUAGUUUAAGUUAAAAAAAAAGUUUUGCUUUAACACAACCUCACCCUCCUGCAGGCUCUAACCAAAACAAGCCUGGUCUCAUCAGGCGGGAAAAUUUUCCAAGUUCCAACUAUAUGAUCGUUUUUGGUCCCUAUACCUCUCAAGUUUACAUAUUUGAUCUCAAAUUGGUAAAAGUAGAGAGAGAGAGAGAGAGAUCCACCCCAAAUUGUUCAAAAAUGUUUGGUAUAGUUAUGCACAUAAAAUAUACAAAGGUUAUAGAU